AUGGUCAAACAACAAAGCUCUCGCGAUGCAAGACACCACAAUCAUGGUGUUGUCAAAGACCCAUACGAGGAGUCGUGUGUCAAGGAGAGCAAGUUCAUCAGUAAGGACAUUUUAGAAGUGGAUUCACUUGGAUAUACGCUUCGUGAUGGCUCGACCCUUUCUUCGAAGCGCCAGCAUACAGGUGUUCCUCCGCCACGUACUGCUGUAGGUCGAUUACCCGGCGGCGCCUAUGAAACACAAGUUUUUAUUUUGCAGGGAAGUAUCUUGAUGUGACGCGUGAAUAUGGGAUCGAGGUGCAACCCCAUCAGAAGAUAAAAUUCACUAUCCAUGGAAGAUGAAAUGUGUGUUUCUUCGUUGGGUUUAGUCCCCGCGUCCCCGAAAUUUUUCAUGGGCAUUUUGGGGCUUUACAAUUUCAUCGAAGACGCAUACACACACAGCUGAAGAAGCACGCAAAAGGUGUUAGUAUCGUUAAGCUACAGAGUCUGCUCGACCUUGCACUUACAGGGGAAGAUGCCG